AUGUCGCGUGUCGCCAGGGAGUCAACAACAUCAACAUCUAUAACGCCAGACAGCGACUCAACUCUUCUUGAAUCGACCGGACACACUCUAACACCGGCAACAAGCAUCUCAGAGACCUCAAGCAAUGUCGACGUUCCGGUUACGGAGCCCGUUUCUCAGACCAAGCCGCCACAAACGCGUCGCGUAACUCGAGCAUUUACCAGGGGCGGAAUAGACAACGACACCGAGCAUAACGGAAAUAAACAUGAAGAUGCAUUGAGAGAGGACAUAUCCGCGUCUGUUUCUGAGGGGGGAACUGUUGUUAAGCAUGAACCAAGCCGAAGACCUGAACGGCGUUCACUCAGGGGGCGUCGUGGUUUAUCGGCGAGAGCAUUGGAACCAUGUGAAGAAGAGACUACGGCAGAGAUACAGCUGGAAAAUACCGGGAGUAGCACUGGAGAUGAGCCUAUAAAGGAAGAAACUGGAUCGAGGCCACAAUCGUCAACAAAGGCUGACGCGGCGCAACCCAGGAGACGGUCUGGUCGACUGACACUUCUGGAGAAAACCAAGACAGUUUUGAACCAGGUUUCUUCCAUUCUGGGCAAAAGACAACGAGAUGACAAGGAGGACGUGAAGUCCAAGUCCAAGUCCAAGUCCAAGGUCGAGGAUAGAAGAUCCAGUCUACGUUCGCGGACAGUUGUGCGCAAGGAAACCCAGGAGGAGUCUGCUACCAAGAAGAGACGCGUAUCCGAGGAUGUCUCUACUCCUCCGAAGAAAGAAAAGAAAGCAGACCUACCACCUUCAUCUGCGCCUGUCCAGACGGCGCCAAAGAGGAAGAAAUGGCUCACGCAUGGCCUCUACGCUGGACCCAAUGCAUUUGCUAAACUCGAACUACCUGGGCCCCAAAGCAAGCGAAAGGGGACCAGACAGGCCCCUCGUGAGCGUGUCUUAUUUCCUAUGCCCAAGUACUCUGGAGCCUUAUUACUGGAAAAGGGCAGGCCAUUUCGACUGCCGUAUGAUAUAUUCUCCCCCUUACCUCGCGGCCAGCCGAAGCCAGAUGAAUGGCGCAAGAUAAACAAAAAUAUAUUUAUUGGAGAUGCCGCUGGUAUCUGGAAAGCUACCAUGCCGACUGAACAAUCCACUUGUCUCUGUACCCCUGAAAUGGGGUGCGAAGAGAACUGUCAGAACCGCCAUAUGUUCUAUGAGUGUGAUGAGAAUAACUGCAAACUAGGGGAAGACCUCUGCAGGAACCGCAAUUUCUCUGAGCUGCGCAAACGGAUCAAAACUGGAGGUAAAUAUAACAUUGGAGUUGAAGUAAUAAAGACAGAAAGCCGCGGAUAUGGUGUCCGCAGCAAUAGAACUUUUGAACCCAAUCAGAUUAUUGUUGAGUAUACUGGAGAGAUACUCACUCAGAUUGAGGCCCAGCGCCGAAUGAAAACGAUAUAUAAGAAAAAUGAGUGCUUUUAUUUGAUGGACUUUGACCAAGAUAUGAUCAUUGAUGCCACACGGGGAUCGAUUGCCCGCUUUGUUAACCACUCGUGUGAACCCAAUUGCAAAAUGGAGAAAUGGAUUGUUGCUGGCAAGCCCAGGAUUGCCCUUUUUGCCGGUGAUAAUGGUAUCAUGACCGGCGAAGAGUUGACCUAUGACUACAACUUUGAACCAAAAGGGAAAGACUCCAAGGAGAAAUCUACCGUCAAACCGGCUAGUACUGGAACCAAGCGCAAGUCACAGGGAGUCACCAACUCGCAAGCUUCUAAGAAACAGAAAACCGCCAAGCAGUCCUCUGUCAAAGCUGGUCUGAAGCGAGUGGCUUCUAAGGCCUCCCAAGGCAUAAAGUCCCAGGCUAAGUCGAUAAGGGUACCCAAGAAGAGAGUGGGCGUCCAAUUCAAUAAAUCUGCAAGGACUAGGACUACGGCUGCUGCGGAUGUCUCAUUCAAAUCUGUUUCCCGUUCUUCAAGGACCAGCAGACAAGCCGCAUCAAGCACCAAACUUCGGAUGCCAUCUAGGUCGCGGGCUAGGCUUGCAAAGACGGCUGUUCAAACUGUCCUAAAGGGUAGAGGUGGACGUAGAACAUCUGCCAGGUCCUGA